GCCGCGCGCGCAGGGAAGCGGGACAGGCCGAGAGGAGACGCGGCCGCUGCAGCCUGUGUGUCCCGCUGCCGCCUGGAGACUCAUCCCGCUGCCGCCUGGAGACUCAUCCCGCUGCGAUCAGGCGCCAGUGACAGAAUGAAAAUGAUUUCUGAAGCUGAAAAACUCCUCACUCUCGCUGGGAUCUUCAUCAGUGCAGUGACAUGUGAAGUCAAUGCUGUAGGACCUCCUUGGGUGAGCAGUGUGGUGGAGGAGAUGCAGAUUGCGCAGUUGGGUCGUAACGUCCGCCUGCCAUGCCCCAUCGAAGGUGACCCUCCGCCUUUGUUGCUCUGGAAGAAGGAUGGUCGAAACAUCAAUGCUGGCUGGGGCCGUUACCGCAUUUGGCACCGUGGCCUCAAGAUCAAGAACGUGGAAGCCAAAGAUGCUGGAGUCUAUGUGUGCCAGGCAGCCAAUGGCUUUGGCAGCGUGUCCCUCAACUUCACCCUCACUGUCAUUGACAAUGCUGAGCCUCCGACCAAACCUCCUCCCAUCCCAGAGGAACCCUGCCUCAAAACAGGACCAGUGGAUCAAGCUGGGCAGCCAUGUGUAAAACCACGCUUCAGCCAACCCACAAAGAUGCGCAGACGUUUUCGGGAACAGCCCGUAGGAAGCUCAGUGCGGCUAAACUGUGUGGCCACAGGAAACCCUCCACCAUGCAUCACCUGGUGGAAGGACCAGGAGCAGCUUCCCACUCCUGCCCGGGCCAGACGACCACAGUGGACUCUCACCCUAAAGAACCUGCAGCCACAGGACAGUGCCCGGUACACAUGCCGUGUCUUCAACACUGUCGGGCACAUCAAUGCCACCUACACGGUGGAGGUAAUUGAGCGUACAAACUCCAAACCCAUGUUGACUGGAAACCACCCUCUGAACACCACGGUGGAACUUGGUGGCACAGCCUUAUUCCAAUGUAAAGUCCAUAGUGAUGUUAAGCCGGUUAUCCAGUGGCUGAAGCGGCUCGAACCAGGAACAGAGCGGCGCUACAACACCACGCUUGAGGUCGGGGGUCAGCACUUCAUGGUGUUGCGCACUAAAGAUGCAUGGCCUCGGCCUGAUGGCUCAUACCUCAACAAACUGGCCAUUGUCAAAGCCCGAGACGAGGAUGCUGGAAUGUACAUCUGCCUUGGAGCAAACUCUAUGGGAUACAGCUUCCGCAGUGCCUACCUUACUGUUCUCUCAGAUUCCAAGAUGGAGAAGCCAGUCUCCCCAGCCCACCUGAGUUCUGGUCUUCCAUGGCCUCUGAUCAUUGGCAUCCCAGCUGCAGCUCUGCUCAUGGUUGGCACGAUCGUGUUGUGGUUGUGCCAUAGUCGACUCCGUCAUGGUCCCCUACCCCCUCGCUCUGCACCCUACCGAGAGCGCCAUGGCCCUGACAAAGAUCUUAGCAUCCGCAGCAAUGGCAGCCCUGACUUCCCCACCCACAGACUAAUGGGAAUGGGAUCCCCAGGCUUUGUUGGGCGUGCAAAGACUUACUCCAAGGUUUACACGGACAUGCACACCCACACCCAUACGCACACACACUCGCAUGCUCAUGUGGAGGGGAAAGUGCACCAGCAUUUCCACUACCAGCGCUAACAUGCUAAGCUGUGCCUCAAAUGUUAAGCUAAUGCUGCUAGUCUGCUUUAUAUGGACAGUGGGUCUUCUGUUUAGGUCAGAAAGCUGGAUCUGAACUGCGUUACCCUUGAGCACUGACGGGAAUGUUAAAGGAAAGAAAGAACCAGUCAAUCAUGGAACAGUGCUCAUGCCAUAGAUGUUAUAUCAUGGACUGCGUUCACCUUGAAAAGUCUCAGGGCAGGAAGAAAUUUGUGUGUUUUUAAUAGACCCAAAUCUGAUUGUUUUGUAUUAAAAGGGACAGAACUAUAAUUCAUUGCACACCUGGAACUGAACGAGGUCCUGGAGACCAAACUAACACAAAGUACUGACUGUAGCCCACCUCUGGAAUCUCGGACCACCACAACUUUACUGCUGACCAGGCAUUAAAUCGGCAGUGGUUCAUUCUCAGCAGUGACACUGACAUGGUAGUCUGGGUGGUUCUGGUACAGGUGUAUCAGGUAUAGCAGUGUUUCUGGGAUUUUAAAAACCUCAGUAUCAUAACAACGGUGUUAAGAACCAGUCAACCAACCAAAGCUCUGCAGCCGAGAGCAGGAUGCGGUCAGAAACUGGCACUGAUGAAGAGUACCCUGAAAAAAUUAGAAUCUUUAAGAAGUCUCACGUUUGUUUGUUUUUCAGUGGUUCUUCUGGGGGAAUCAUAAAGGUUUCCAUGUAGAACACUAAAACAAUCUAUUUCCCCUUCAGAAAGGUUGUGUUUGCCAAACAGAAUGUUUUCUUAAGCCUAGAAUCCUGAAAGAACCCUUGAAGAACCAUUGUAUGAAGUGGAUAAAUGUGUGGUACAAACUCCAAAUUAUUGGUAAUUUUUUUUUUUUUUUUUUUUUGGUCUUGAUACAUAGGAUGCAAUAGGCAUUUAGUAUUCUGGUACUUGGUACACUCUAAAAAACGGGGUUCUUGAAGGGUUUUAUAAGGGUUUUUAAAUGUUUUUUAAAGCACCCAUUGGAUUAUUAAGAGUUCCUUGUCACCCAAAAUGGUUCUUGAUCAAGCAAAAGGUACUUUCGUAGGGUUCUACAUAUAAACUUUUACUUUUAUUACCUAGAUCCUGACAGAUAUUUAAAAUUUAGCUGCACCGUCUUGUACUUGGUACACAGAAAAAAUGGUUCUUGAGGGGUCCUUAAAGUUACAUUUAAUUAUUAACGGUUCAUAGCCACCCAAAUACCACGAGCUGCCCGAGUGGUUAGCGUGUCUGCCUCUCGAUUGGGAGAUCAUGAGUUCUACUCACUGUCUGGUCAUACCAAAGACCACCAUAAAAAUGGUACCUACCGCCAUCUGGCAAGGCAUGCUGCAAUACAGAUGCGAGUGGGGAGUCAAAUUCUUGCAGUUACCAGAGGACCACCCCCCCACUGUAACCCUUACCUGUACAGGCAAGAGGCUGAAGGCUAUACUGUACAGUAGAAGCGGAAAUCAGCACCACCCAAUGCGUCUGAACGGCCUAGAGUGGGUUUCCCAAAAGCAUCGUAGCAUUGUUAAAUGUUAGAGCAAGCAUCACAAUGAACACUCUCUCUCCUAGUUAAGAUGCUCUUAGUGAUAAGAGGCUUUUGGGAAACCCACCAAUGGUUCGUACUGGGACAAGAGACUGCCUGGGAAGACCAGGUCCUGGCAUGGGAGGGACUUUGACUUAGCCACCCAAAGGGCUCGAUUUAAACCUUUUUAAUAGGGAAACUUGUUGUAUUCCUUUUUCAUUACCAGAACCGCUCAGAGAUUGAAAAUGUAUCUGAAUUGUUUUGGUACUGAGUACAUUCUUAGGAAAAAAAUGGGGGGGGGGGUUGUUUAAGAGUUCAUUGGAUGAUUAAGGUGGGGUGGUCAGAACUGUCACCUUGCAGCAAGAAGGUCCUGAGUUCGAGCCCGACAGCUGCAUGGAUUAAAGUUUUCCGUCGUGUGACGGAUUUCCGUCAACUGAACUCUCCCAAGGCCAAAUGUGAGGUCGGUGCUGAUCCGAGGAGAAUUAAAAUGACGGGUGGUUGGGUAGAGAUUGGGUUAUAACACUGAUGUGUUGCAACACCAUCAACUAUCAGCAGGGUUUAUUUAACUUUUUUGUUUUUGAGCCAUGCUUUGUGUCGUUCAUUUCCUAUGUUUGAUCAUGUUUAAACAUUCGCUGUCUACGGUGCGGCAUUAAAAAAACAUGCGCUGUCAAAAUUGGCAAAAUACAUUCCCAUGUGCUUGGCGUGCUUGUGUCUGACCAUUUCUGUUUUGUAUUAAAUUAAAGCUUGCCAAAAUGACUUAGUUCAAACCUGGACAUAUAGAAAAAACGAAAAAAUAAACCCCGGAAAGCCCGCUCCUCUGCUUCAGCCAGACUUGAAGACCUGACGGUGCAAUGCUUGCAGACUGUCAGAAGUAAUUAGACCUAAAUUUAUAGCUAACAAAUCAGCAGACGCCCCAACAAUUAUUAUUUUCGUUAGGCCAAUGUGUAAGGCAUGUUAGAACCGUGCCUUAUAGCGUACAUUAUAUCACAAUUUAAAGGACGUUUGAGGAGUUGGAGGCUGCGAACGCAAUGAUGUUCCGACAUGCGCUAAACUUUAUUCCCUGAAAAUCAUACACCAGCGUUCAAUUCCCCAAACAGUCAAAAUGUCUAGAAGACUACGGUUAAAUAAUAAUCAUAGCCUACUAAGUUAAAUUACGUCAAAAUAUCUGUUUCUGGCCUAUGAAAUGAUGGAGGAAAAUGAGAACGAGUAGUUAGCAGAUAGCAAAAAGUAGAUAGCAGCCAACUUCACGCCAUCUUUUAGGUAACUUAACACUCGUGUUGGCCACAAUAUUUCUCUUAAUAAAAUCUUGAAUUGUUUUUGAAGUCGUAUUCAACACAAAGUAAGGUCAAAUUAUAAUUUUAAUUGUAAUUUAAGCGAAGAUCCAAACUUUUUUCUAUAUUGACGUCGAGCAUAGAGGAGCAUGUCAUUCUGCUUUCGGUUUCGGCAACAUGGAUGCGCUUUACAUGAAAGAAGGCACUGAUGUGUCUGCCAUCGAUAAAGGUGUAAAAAACAAGUGGAGGUGGGCUUGGCUGUACGAAAUAGGUGAAAACUGAAAGCCAUUUAGUUCAUGGUGCAAAAAACUAAACAUUCCAGGUGCUUGCAUUUGUGUGGUUUGCCACAAAAAAUAAUAUACAGAAGCAAUGGAAAGAAAGUCCAAUAAAUUGAAUAUAUUAAUCCAUUAAUUAAUUGAUAAUAAAGUCAUCAGUUCUAAGUUAACCAUUCUCAGAAUUUCAUCGAAAUCCACCCAUAACCCUCCGUAAAUUUUCAGUCAAAUAAUUUUUUUUGUUUUUAUCCAUGCAGCUGACGACGGUCUCUCUGUGCGGAGUUUGCAUGUUCUCGCCGUGUCUGCAUGGGUUUCCUCCGGGUGCUCCGGUUUCCCCCACAGUCCAAAGACAUGCAGGUUAGGCUAAUUAGUGGCUCUAAAUUGACCGUAGGUAUGAAUGUGAAUGGUUGUUUGUCUCUAUGGUGGGGUUUACAUUAGACCGUAUCAGCGGAUCAUCAGAUUAACGUUUUUAAAACGAUUAGCGUGCACACAGCAACGCCAAUACACGGAUACGCUCGGCUCCGCAGGCAUCCUGCGCUCCAAAUCACUCCGCCCUGAACAGCGAGUGCCCUCUGGAGGGUGUGCACUCCGGCCCUGCGCAGCUCACAGAGCGCGCGAGUGAAGCGCACGAGCAGUGAUUCGGGACUGAGCCGCUGUGUGUGUGAUCUCAGUGCAUAUCGGGCAUGCGCGUCACUUACCACUUGCAAGUGGAAGGAUGGCAAGCCUAAAGACAAUUAUAACUACACAAUGGGCAGUAUUUGCAUCAGUAUUUGCAGUACUUUCAUACUUUUAUACUCUUUAAUGAAAGGUGAUACAAGGCGGAAGUCCGCACCGUUUUUCAGCAGUCGCGUCACGUGACCAACGCCAGCGAAUCAGGAAGGUGGAUGUCACAGUGACGUUGUCCAAUGAUGACGCCAGCUAGAGCUCAGCACAGCGUAUCCGCGUAUUCUCAAUGUUUACACAGCACCGGACCAGACACGAUCUGGAUUGAAUACGUGGACCCCGACGGAUUCCCGUUUCCCGGCGUUUCCAGGCGUUUUAAUGUAAACAGACAGUGCAUCCGCGAAGAAAACGAGACAGAUACGGUCUAAUGUAAACUUGGCCGAUGUGUCAGCCCUGCGAUUAUCUGGUGACUUGUCCAGGGUGUACCCCGCCUCUCACCCAUAGUCAGAUGGGAUAGGCUCCAGCUUGCCUGUGACCCUGUACAGGAUAAGCAGCUACAGAAAAUGGAUGGAUGGAUUACUUGAUACACUCUUAAAAAAAAAAAAAGAAUUUCAAGGUUUCAUUGGAUAAGUAAGUGUUCUUGCCCUUCUAAAAGGCUUCAACUUGAAACCAUUUCUAAAAGGGGAAACAUUCUUGUAUAGUUCUACAUAGAACCUUAUUAGUAUCAAACAUUUAAGUCUUGGUACUUGGUACACUUUUGGAAAAAGUGGUUCUUGAAGGGUUGUUUUCGGGGUUCUUAUCCUUCUAAAGGGAUUGUACUUGAAGUCCUUUCUGAUAGGGAGUCGUUGCGUUGUUGGGUCCUACCGUACAUAGAACUUCCAAAGGUUCUCCUAGAGGGACAAACGAAGAACCCUUACAUACUGUAGAUAGAAAAAUACAAGUUAAAAUUUCUAACAGUAAACCUACAAGGUGACCAACGAGGUAGAAUCUGAUCCCCCACACACACACAUACACACAUAGUCAUACAGUAAAUGCUAUCAUAUUCAGUGUCACAGCUAUACUGAGAAUGAACCUAGGCUCAGAGAUACUGGAUCAGUAGUGGUUCUUCGGUGGUUCCGUUCCCCUGAUGGAUGGUGUAGAUUGGAGCCGACUUAACGCAUAGCAAACAGAUGGACUACAUCCCGUAUACAACAACAAUACACAGCAUGGUACUGGAAUAUGUGAGUGUCUAUGAAAAGCUGAGGAGGAUGAGCAGUUCUGUUUACAGUGAACACUUUUCUUUGAAUAGGAGCAUAUCAGAAACCCAUACUGUGGACUUUUUUUUUCCCUGUUUGCUUUUAAAUGUGAUUACUUUGUGAAGACUGAAACUCUGGGUAAAGAAACAGAAAACAGAAUGGGAGAUUUUUUUUUUUUUUAGUUGCUUCUUCUUGUGUUUUUUUUUUUACGUUCUGAUCUCUAUUUUUUCCAGUAUGUAUUCAUCUGAUGAUAUGCAGUAUUAAUAUUAUUUAUCCUGUCCAGACUAUGCAGAAAAUCUGAGAAUAUUCUUAAAGCCAUACAAUGCAUUUACUUGCAAUAUUUGCAAAAUUUGUUUUGCAUCUAAGGCAUUUUUUUUUCAAAUAAAAUUUCUCUUUUUGACAAUAUGAUGGUGAGAUAAUUGUGUAUAUGUAUUACAAUACUCUGGCUUUCUGUGCUCUAUAAAGUUCCCUUCAAAGAACAUUAAAUACUGCAAAUACUUCCACAUGGAUACUGCGAUUUCACUAUGGUGCUGAUGUAAGCAUAUUUUAAUAUUAUUUUUGUAAUAAACAGAUGACAUUU